GCGGAGGAGGGGAAGCGGCAGCGGCAGGCCCCGGCCAGGCCGUGGCGGGGCGGGGCGCGUAGGCGGGGACCUGCACCCUGACGGCGCCCCGGUGACGGCCCCGCCCGGCUCCGCGCCGGGAGCGGGUGCCUCCCCUCCCGCCCACCUGUCCUCCCUCCCUGGCGGCAACUGGCGCUUCUGGGGCCGCUGAGGUCGAAGCGGGCUGGAAGAACAGCACACAGCUAUGGAGAAUGAACCAAACACAACGACAUCUUCUGCAUCUACAACAACUAUCACUACCACCUCCACCUCCCGGACACAGCUCCCACAGAUAUCUGUCUACAGCGGCUCUGACAGGCAUGCUGUCCAGGUUAUUCAGCAGGCCUUGCAUCGUCCUCCUAGCUCAGCUGCUCAGUACCUCCAGCAGAUGUAUGCAGCCCAGCAGCAGCAUCUAAUGCUGCAGACUGCUGCUUUGCAGCAGCAGCACUUAAGCAGUACCCAAUUUCAGAGUCUGGCAACUGUACCACAGGCAAGCCUGUCAGGUGGGAGGCAAUGUACUUCCCCCACUGGGAGUGUCACUCAGCAGUCGAGCAUGUCGCAGACCUCGAUUAACCUCUCCACCUCUCCUACACCUGCACAGAUAAUAAGCCGUUCACAGACCUCCAACACCACCAGCAGCAGUAUUACUCAACAGACUAUGUUGCUGGGGAGCACCUCUCCAACCCUGAGUGCCAGCCAGGCUCAAAUGUAUCUACGAGCUCAAAUGCUUAUUUUUACUCCUGCGACCACUGUGGCUGCUGUCCAGUCUGACAUACCUGUGGUGUCAUCAUCUUCCUCAUCUUCCUGUCAGUCUGCAGCUACUCAGGUUCAGAACUUGACAUUGCGCAAUCAGAAGUUGGGUGUGUUGUCAGGUUCACAGAAUGGCCCACCAAAGAGCAGCAGUCAAACUCAGUCCUUGUCUCUGUGCCCUAAUAAACCUGCAAGCAGUGCCAAGGGCAGCCAACCAGACCCCUCAGAAAGCAAUAGAAAAGGCGAGAGCCCAACUCCAGAGUGUCGGAGUACACCAGUCACACGGACAUCGAGCAUACAUCACUUAAUUACACCAGCAUCAUAUUCACCAUUGCAACCUCAUUCUCUAGUGAAACAUCAGCAGAUCCCACUUCAUUCACCACCUCCAAAGAUUUCCCAUCAUCAGCUGAUACUGCAACAGCAGCAGCAAGUCCAGCCAAUUGCACUUCAGACUCCUUCAGGCCAGGACCCCCCUCCAUCACAGCACUGUCUGCCACUCCCAGGCCAUGGUCUUCCACCGGGUCCUAGCAGUGUCCAAUCUCAUUGCUCACCCAUUCACAUCCAUCCUCCCCCUCUAACACUAUCUCCUACUCCAUCCCAGUCAGCUCAGCAGUCAGUAGUAGUAUCCCCUCCACCUUCUCACUCCCCUAGUCAAUCACCCACAAUAAUUAUUCACCCUCAAGCACUUAUUCAGUCCCAGGCAAACUCCCUUGUGCCAACAGCUCUUCAGCCAGAGCAGACUCCUGCUCAGCAGACUACUACCACUCCAGUUCGACCAGUUGCACAGCCUCUUAAUCUUCCAUCGCACCUUCCACUUCCAUCUUCCCCUGCUGUACAUAUAGGCUCAGUAGAUCAGCCCAACUUAGUUUCUUCAGGCCAACAGAUUGUGUCCUCAACACCACAUCAGCAGUAUUCAGCCUUGCAGUCUGCACCUAUCCCUCUUGCAGCUCCUCCUCAGCUGUCAACUCCUUCAAACCAGAUUCAACCACUACCCUUGCAGUCUGUGCAGUCUUUACAAGUGCAGCCUGAAAUUCUGUCCCAGGGCCAGGUUUUGGUUCAGAACACUUUGGUUUCUGAGGAGGAACUUCCUGCUGCAGAAGCUCUGGUCCAGCUGCCAUUUCAAACUCUCCCACCACCACAGACUGUUGCAGUGAAUCUUCAGGUGCAGCCAUCAGUACCAAUUGAAACUCCAGUGAUUUACCAAGUGGAGAACGUAUGUGAAGAAGAGAUGCCCGAGGAAUCGGAUUGUGUCCACAUGGCUAGAACACCUACACCACCCACCUUAUCUCCACCAGCCAUCACUUUGGGGAAUGGAGAAGCACUUAAUUCAGAGGAUCCCUUGUCAGAACACGGAGGACUGCCUUCGGUGACAUCCUCAGUCAGUGCCUCAGUAAUUAAAUCUCCAUCCGAUCCUUCCCAUGCCUCUAUUCCACCACCACCUCUCUUGCUCCCAGCAGCAACAACAAGAAGCAACAGCACAUCAAUGCCCAAUAGCAUUCCUAGCCUGGAAAACAAACCUCCUCAGGCUAUUGUCAAACCGCAGAUCUUGACCCAUGUUAUUGAAGGCUUUGUGAUUCAGGAGGGGUUAGAGCCAUUCCCUGUAAGUCGUUCAUCUUUGCUUGUGGAGCAGCCUGCAGAAAAAAGAUUGCUAGUGGAGGGUCAAAUCAUGAGUGUGGUGUGUGUUGAAUCAGACCUGCCGAAUACAAAACAUGCAGACAACUCAUCGGACACAGAGAUAGAGGAUAUGAUUGCAGAAGAAGGGCUGGAUGAAAUUGAUAAUGAUCUCCUGAAGUGUGAAUUUUGUGGAAAAAUGGGAUAUCCUAAUAAAUUUCUGCGGUCAAAGAGAUUCUGUUCAACAUCCUGUGCCAAAAGGCACAGCCUUAGUUGCACUAAGAAAUUUGGGCUGUUUUCAUCAGACAAGACGAGUCGCUGGAAUCGGAAGUCAGAUAGCCAAAGCCUUGGGCGACGCGGGCGUCGGCCGAGCGGCCCUGACGGGGCAGCACGAGAUCAUUUCCUUAGACAGCUUCCAAUUACUUAUCCAUCUGCAGAAGAAGAUGUGGCUUCUCAUGAAGAUGCUGUUCCAACUGCCAUGACCACCCGUCUGCGAAGGCAGAGUGAAAGAGAGAGGGAACGUGAACUUAGGGAACUAAGAAUGAGGAAGAUGCCAGAGAGCAUUGACUUGUUGCCAGUGGUGCAAGCUGACCCAUCGGUAUGGACUGUAGAUGAAGUUUGGGCCUUCAUACAUUCUUUGCCUGGUUGUCAAGAUAUCGCAGAUGAAUUUAGAGCACAAGAAAUUGAUGGACAGGCUCUCCUCUUGUUGAAGGAGGAUCACCUUAUGAGUGCAAUGAAUAUUAAGCUUGGACCUGCAUUGAAAAUCUGUGCACGAAUCAACUCAUUGAAAGAAUCCUAGAGGGUGAACAUGAAGGUUUAAACAACAAUUUCUCAGUGACAGAACCGGCAGUAAUAUGCCAACAUCUUCACUGUGGCAUGAGUGUUACUGUGAUGUUCUGUUAAAUAUUUGGGACUUUCCCCACAGAAAGACUUUGAAAUGUCCUUUUGAUUAUACCAGGUAGUCAUCUGUAGUUUCCAGCAAUUCAUAGGUUAAUGAUAAAUCCUGAGUAAUACUUUUGAGUUGAAGUGGGAGUUCAUGGAAAAACAUGAAGUGAAAUAUGCUGUGAUAGCUUAAAUAUUUCCCAACAUGUACUUUAUCUUAUAACACCCCAGUUUAAGCACCAUUUAAAUUGUGUUGCUGUAUUCUGAAAGAUUUUAUCCUACAUACAGCAGUUUUUGAACUGAACAGAAGUGUCCACAGACCCUGUGGAAGCACUGAUAAUGGUAAAAUGCUAUGCAUUUAGUUGUGCUCUCUGAGUUCCUUUUAGUCUUGAGCAAAUUGUUUGUAAGGGGUAGGUUGGUAGCUGUUUUUCUUUGUGUAGGCUUACCCUUAUCUCUGCCACUGUAGUGUUUGUUGUUGUUUGUUGUUUUGUUUUUUUAAGUCUGGAAAUACUGUAAACUAUGUAGAUGUCUCCUCAAGAUCCUCCUCAUCAGGCUACUGACAUGCAAUGGCAUGACACUCUUGCCAGAGGUAACUGAAGCACGAGUUACUUUACUCUUUGUAUGCUGCUAUGCACCAAGAGGGCAUUAAGUUGUUAGUUUUGUAGUUUCCUGUGCUGCUAGUUAAACUAGACCAGCAGUUCUCAAAUUAGUUCAGAGUGGAUCCUGAGAAGGUGCAAGAACACUCAGGGUUCAGGUUCCUAAGAGUGAGGGGCUGAAAACUGCUGCCAGAACUCUAGCUCAUGUUGAGACAAGUGUAGUUUAAAGACUGGAGGUAGAGGAGGAAAGCACAGCUGAGAUGCUCUCUUUCUUGAUACCUCAUCUAACUUGUCUUUCCCUCUGUCCAUUGUCUUGCUGGAAGCCUCCAAGCACCUUUUGUUUGUCCACUGGCUAGUGUGAGCUGGGCUUGCAGUAGUCUGAGGAAGGAGUAUGGUGAGUUGCCUGAUGAGUUUGCUUCUGAGCUUGGUGUAGAAACAGCUGUGGCUGCAGUAAGGGAGUUUGGAAAUGCAGGUUGGCAGAAGUUCCAAUCCCUGAGUGCCCUGCUGUGGCCCUCUGGGAGGAGAUUUUGAUUUGGAUGCUGCAGACCCAUGCAGUGGGAUUUUAGUGUCUCACUCAUCUUCCCUCUCUCGCACACUCUGUGGAAUAAAUCCCUGUUUCCCGUUACUGACACUCACAAAAGCUGCUGGGGCUUGGAGGCACCAGCACCUUCUCUGCUUUGGCUUCCCAUUACCUGUGUAGGGCUGUUCACAGAUGUAUUUUGUACCUUCUGUUCUCUCUUUUUUGCAGCUCCACUCCCCUUAGAGACCUAGAUAUCUAAGCCCUUGCACAGGCAAGGAAAGGCAGGUGUGCUAAUGGACUCACUGUGUAUAUUUGAGUUACAUCUGUGUAUGUGUCUGCAAAUAAGGUAUUUUGUACUUGAUGCAAAUUAAUGCAGAAGAGAUGAUUGUGUAGGAAGGUAGGUCAGGGGGACUGUAUAGUUUUCCUGAAGAGAAGAGGAUCUGAUCUCAGGUUUGAGAACUGCUGACCUAGAUGAAAAGGAGUCAGUGCACAUACACUGGCUGAAAGGAAGGUAGAUUCACACAAUAUUUUAUUUAACUGAUGACCUUAAAGAGUCAAUUUGGAUUACAACAAAAUCUGUGGUUCAUUUUCCUUUUAACUAGGCUAUUGCUUUGUUUCUAUUAACAGACUUUCUGCCAUUAUCUUUCAGAGAUUGGCAGUAGAGUCAUUGCUUUUAAUUACAACUGUUUGAGCUCACUAAUAGCAGAUGUUAUUAAUAUUUUUAUUAACCACUGAUGCUCCAAGUUAGGAUAACCCAUUGCUGUUAUGUGCUAGUAUGUGGCUAGAGCCCUUCUCCAAAUGGCACCAAAGGCUUUAGACAAUUGAUAUGUCUGGGUUUAUUUUGGAGCGAAGUUGCUAAGCACUUUCUACUUUGAUUUUAUUUUCUUCUGUCUUCAGUUACUGUUGUAAAAUAAACUUCUUAGUUGUAGGUUUGACAUUUGGCAAUGAUCAUUAGAGAGAGAUUCGAAGGAUGGAGACAGGAGGUUCCAGUGUGUAGCAUUUCUGUAAGAUACACCAUGUAGCAUAUCUGUAACAUAGGUUCUAAAGGAUACAUUCUGUUUUGAUGAGCUAAUUGAAGACUAAAGAUAUCUUAGAUAUUGAUCCUUUGGCUUUUGUCUUAAAAGUUUUAUUAUUUUUAUACUGAAAUUUCCCUGGCUAAUUUUUAACCUGUCUUCUGAUUGUACUCUUCUUUGGCAAUGUAAAAAAGUAGCUAUAUGUAAACGUGAUUUGAUUAUGGCUUAAAGCAUCUUUGAAAUCGUGGAUUUAAGAAUCAUAUUUAGACCUGCAGUUAAUCACAGUGUUGUUACAUGCAUGAGAAUUCCAUGGCUGUUUGAAUUUUGCUUUCUAGACAGCUUUCAGGAGACCUUCUACAGAUAAUGUUUCUCUAGGACUCUUGGAUGUGAUCACGGACAGAUGCUGGGAGCUGGAGCUAACCUGAUUAAUGCAUGUCUGUUCUGGUAUGCUGCAUUUUCUGUGGUUUUGGGAGAGCCUCACAUAGUGAGUUAUGCUUUAAAUAUUCAUGAAUGCAGCACCUAAGAAUGUGGGCUGUGUGCAUAUUGAAAGUUUUUUUUUCUCCUUCCCUGAUUUUGGUAUUCAUCUGGAACUUAAAAGCAGACACAGCUAUAUCAGCCUAUAAGGACAGAAGUGCACACGUGUGGGACUGCUUGCCAGUGUAGUUGUGUCAUUAAAAUCAGUUAAAAAAAGUCACCCCUGUACCUGAAAGCAGGCUGGGAAAUCUCCCAAGUGCAACUGAAGUCUGCUCCAGAAGCUUUUGAAUUCACUCAAAAAAGCAAUGUAACACUUACAGUGAUAUUUCUCCAGAACUGUUUUGCAUACCAGUCACUUCUUUCUGUUCUGGUCAGUGAGGCUUUCCUAUGCUUAUAUUCCCAUCUCCCAUGCCUUCCCCUACCAAUUAAGCUUUUGAAAAGAGGAAUUAGUGGAUUUUGACCAUUUUUCACUUACUCCCACUGGAUGCAUCAAGAAGAAAUCCUCACUAGCUUUAUUUCCUGGGGUCCUGUUUUCUGUAUUCAGAGUGCUGCUGUUGCAGGGAUUAUGGUGAGAUGCAGCCCUCAGUAUUUCAAUUCCUAUAGAAAGGAGUACAGGAUUCUAUAGGAUCUUAGCUUAAAAGAGAGAUGUGUUGGGUGGCUUUUUCUCUACUUGUCUCCAUCCUGCCCUACUCAUUAGUGCAAAUGGCCACAUUAGCUCAGAGCAAAGCCCUUUUGCAGAGCUCUGGGCUGGGUGGGAUUGUGAGGAUUUUGCCCAAUAGAAUUAGAACUAGGCCAAGUCAAACUGCCAGAAACAAACUGCAUUGUUAACCCAUUCUUUACCCAUAAAUCCAUCAUCUUAUUUACUUUAUGCAGAAGUGAAGCUCUCGAUGGAAAGUAAAACUUGUGCUGUAAUUGUGCCAAGGAGAUAUCUCAAACAUAAGUUUUGUAUCUUGCAAGCAUCCAUCUCUUCAUUUCUUUCUUCUGAAAGCAGAUUUUCAUGCCCUUAACAUCUUUUUGGACAAAUCACAAGUGGGUGUCAAACCUUCAGGAUAGAACAGUUGCACUCUGACACUGUAGAUGUGGCAUCAAGAGGAAAGGAGUGGGAUAAAAGCAAAUCAUUGAGCAGGUUUACAAUGGCUUUUGCAUCAUUUGUUUAUCUUUGCUGUAAGGAAAAGUUCAGGUAUAAAACUCUUUCAUAAGAGUGGUCUGAAUGGAGGUUUGUGUAGUGAGACUUGGCUGGCUGCUGUGUGUCACUGCCUGGCACACCAGUUAGAAUAAAUGCCUGUUGUAGAUGACUGUUCUCAUUUGAAUAUCACAAUAUCAAAGCAGAAACCUACAGCUUAAGGAACUUCUUGCAUGUUGACAGAUACAUUGCUCUAAGCAGUCAGAGAUUUCAGUGACAGCUGUAUCAUGGUUUUGCAAAUAAUUACACAUCCACAUAAGGUUUCCCUGGAUUCAAAUUAGAGUUUAUUAGCAGCCUUCCAGUAUUUGAAGGGACACUACAGGAGAACUGAAGAGGGACUUUUUAUGAAGGCAUGUAGUGAUAGGACCAGGGAUAAUGGCUUCAAACUGGAAGAAGUUGGAUUUAGAUUAGACAUCAGGAAGAAAUUUUUCCCUGCGAGGGUGGUAAGGCACUGGAACAGGUUGCUCAGGGAAGUUGUAAAGGCUUCAACCCUGGAAGCAUUCAAGGCCAAGUUGGGUGGGGCCUUAAGCAACCUGGUCUAGUAGGAGAUAAUCCUGCCUGUGGCAGGGUGGUUGGAUGUAGGUGGUCUUAAGGUCUCUUCCAACUCAAAUCAUUCUAUGAUAACAUGAGUAGUUCUGGUUGUACUGAGACUCCUCAUAUUAAAAUGAAGAGUGGGUGUAAAAGGUUGCAGGGCUGUUUUCAUACCAGUGUUGCACAGAGCUGUCCUGUUAGCACAUAUUUAGAUAAACAGUUGUCCCUCAUUGACCAGACUUAACUCCUCUGUUGUCUAGCCUGGAGCUAAUGAUGCUGCAGAAGACUCAAUCUGGGGUACUUCUUUUAAACAUUUGUCUAAAGUGUUUUUUGAGCUGGAGAAGAAGUGACAUUUUGAAGUUUUUUAUUUAAAAUACACUGUUUCUGUUGAGUGUUGAGUGACACAGAGCUAUAAAUGUGUAAUUUCAGUGUAAGGUGUUAAUAAUUGCUCAUAGUGAAUUUUUAAGUCACUCUUGCAUAGUGAGUUGUAGUUU